AGAAGACACUACAACCUGGAUUGGCCUCUUUGGGAUUGGCUGGCAGGUGGAGAAGCGUGGACAGAGGAUUUGUUCAACAAGAUCUGUAACACAGGAAAACUUCCUAGUGGGUGGAAAAGUGCUCUGAUACUUCCUUUUGUUAAAAUACAAGCAUGGUGUCAAGCUCCAAGAUGAAGAGCGAGAGAAAGUGUGACACCACAGAUGAGUCCAGGCAGCUGUCCAGCAUCAUGAGUGUCAUAAACAACAUGAGGAAGCAGGGUACCCUCUGUGAUGUGACCCUGGUGGUUCAGGGGAAAAAAAUUUCUGCCCACAGAGUGGUGCUGGCUGCUGCCAGCCAUUUCUUCAGCCUCAUGUUCACCACCAGAAUGAUGGAGUCGAUAUCCCAUGAGGUGGAACUCAGGAGUGUUGAGCCUGAGAUCAUUGAGCUGUUGAUUGAUUUUAUCUACACAGCUAGGAUUUCAGUGAACAGCAGUAAUGUCCAGUCGUUGCUGGAUGCAGCCAACCAGUACCAGAUUGAGCCAGUGAAGAAAAUGUGUGUGGAGUUCCUCAAAGGACAGAUUGAUGCAACAAACUGCCUGGGAAUCUCAGCCCUGGCAGACUGUAUGGACUGUCCUGAGCUCAAGGCAGCAGCAGAGGACUUUUCCCAGCUCCACUUCACUGAAGUCUACAAACUGGAAGAGUUCCUGCAACUGCACGUCACACAGCUCACACAUCUACUGCACCAGGACAAACUCGCUGUCCGUGCUGAGGACCAGAUUUAUGACGCAGCGGUGCGCUGGCUGAAGUACGAUGUGUGUAACAGACAGCAGUAUAUGGUGGAGGUGCUGGGGUGUGUUCGCUUCCCCCUGGUCUCCAUCACCUUUCUGUCCAGGACAGUGCAGGCCGAGCCUCUCAUCCAGGAAAACCCACAGUGCCUCAAGAUGGUCACCAGUGCGAUGCGCUACCACCUACUGUCUCUGGAGGAUCGGGAGGACCUGGGAGAGAGCAGCCGCCCACGACGCAAGAAGCAUGAUUACCAAAUCGCCUUGUUUGGAGGCUCUCAGCUGAAAUCCUGCCGCUACUUCAACCCUAAGGACUCCAGCUGGACAGACAUCCGCUGCCCCUUUGAGAAGCGCCGGGACGCUACAGCCGUCUUCUGUGACAAUGUGGUGUACAUUCUGGGUGGCUCACAGCUCUUCCCCAUUAAACGUAUGGACUGCUACAACAUCCUGAAGGACAGCCGGUACUCCAAGCCAGGUCCUCCCACACCUCGUGACAGCCUGGCUGCCUGCGUCGCCCAGGGCAAGAUCUACACAUCCGGGGGAUCUGGAAUGGGGAGCUCAGCCCUGGACCUUUUCGAGUGCUACGACACCAGGACAGAGUCAUGGCAGGUGAAAACCAGCAUGCUGAGGGCCCGCUACAGGCACGGCUCAGUGGAGGCCAAUGGGCUCAUCUACGUCUGUGGAGGAACUGUGGGCAACAAUGUCUCUGGCAGGGUCCUCAACAACUGUGAGGUCUAUGAUCCCAACACACAACGAUGGAAGAAGCUGUGUGGGAUGAGAGUGGCCAGGAAGAACCACGGGCUGGUGGUGGUCAACAACAGGAUCUAUGCUAUUGGUGGGCAGGGGGCACUGGGUGAUCUGGACUCGGUGGAGUACUACGACAUCGCCAGUAAUGAGUGGCGUGCUGCCUCAGCGAUGCCAUGGCGAGGUGUUACGGUGAAGUGUGAGGCUGUGGGUGAUACCAUCUAUGUGCUGGCGGGGUUUCAAAAGGUCGGGCGGCUCGAACAUGUCCUGGAGUACCACACUAACACUGACAGGUGGGUGACUUGCAGGAAGGUACAAGCGUAUCCCUUCACCAACUGCCUGAUCUGUCUGGUCGACACACACGGAUUGAAUAAAAAUAUAAAUAAAUAAAAAUGGACAAGUAACGAACAUCGGCAGUGGGAUGGACAUGCCUACAGCUGCUGUUGGGGG